AUUGGUGUUUAAUUUAUGUAAUCAGCUGCUAAACUAAAUUUAUUUAAGUUAAUAUCACUUCAAAUUUUUGUAAGUCUUCUCUUUAUGUUUAUGAUUCUAUUUAAUGAUUUUGAUGAUUAAAGCUAUUACUGAAAGAUGUAAGAAUUAGGAACGAGCUAUACCUCAAAUGGUAUAGGUGUGAAAUGGUAUAAACACUUAACUAUGAUGUUUUGUGGGGAUGAAGUCAAGACAGGACUGUCAAAAUUAGAUAACAGAAUGUAUUUCCAUCGACAUCGAAAUCGGAACGAUUCCGCGGGGUCUUAUUCGAUUCAAGAAGCUAUAUAAGAUACAAAUGUUGCAUUGAAACGCUGAAACACAAAAUGCUGGAAUCAUAAUUAUUUUUAAAUAAAGUUUAUGAACCCUUUAUAGUAUGUGAAUGUGUAACAUGUUCAUAAUUGAAUGCAGGUGAAGUUGAAGAUACAACAGAUAUGAUACCUGGAAGAAAAGAAGGAGCAAUCAAUGCCUGUAGAAAGUUCAGGACUAGAAAUCCUGCAAUUACUCAACAGCUGUAAGCAGCUCAGGUUAUGGUUCAGUUCACUUGCUGUUUCAGAUAAUCAGGACAAGACUUCUUUAUACUAGCUUUCCAUUUUUGGACUAAAAAGAUCAAUUAAACAUUUCCAUGGUCCAAGAAGUAAAAGAAGAGAGCUUUAAGGUACUAGUUUGUUCAAUAAAGAAGCAAACCAAACCCUGAAAGUAUCACUAACCAGCAAAAUCAAUGGCUACCAGGAAGAAACUGAGCUCUGCUCCAAGUCUACCUUUAUCUGCUACUUCUUCAGAAAACAGACCCUCCCCAGCUUUCUUCAAAGUAAUUCUUGAAGAAACUUUGCAGAACAAGAAAUUGAAGAUCCCGAACAAAUUUUAUCGCGAAAACUGCGAUGCAUUUGGGGAUGAAGUGAAUCUCAUUGUUCCAAAUGGGAGACUAUGGAAAGUAGGUUUAACAAAAUCAGAUGAUGCUGUUUAUUUCGAUCAGAAUUGGAACAAGUUCGUUGAACAGUACUCGAUUCAGCCGAAAGAGUUUCUAGUUUUUGAGUUCUUAGGUUUCUUCAGUUUUGGAGUUCACAUAUAUGAAUACUCUGGCUGUGAGGUUCACUAUCCUCCGACUAUGAAAAGAGCAGAACUUGGACACAACUAAUUGCCAUAUCAAUGCUGGUGAAGCUGAAGAAGCAAGAAAUGAAGAAAAGAAAGAGUCGAUGCUUGUAGCUAGUUUCCGUAGUAGAAUA